UCUACUUUAGCAUCUCAGAAUCGAAAACACAUAAAAAUCUUGCAGUCUUGCACCAAUAGUGGAUGUUCCAGAAUUUCCUACUCCUACUUCCAAGUAACUAACUACCAAACCAAACUGAGCGGAAACUCCAAUGUUCCUGAUGCAGACUCGUUCCAAUUCCCAUUCUCACUUUCUCCCAUUCUUCACUUUCACAUUCAAAUUCCCUUCUUCUGUUAUUCACUAUGAUGAAUAGGAGCCCCUAUUCUCAUUCUCGUACUCCUAUAUUGACCACAAUUGUUAUUGCCAAUGGAAAUUGCACUUUCCCCUCACAAAUCCCAAACCUCUCUUCUGGGUUCUUCCUUUCCCGGGAAUCUUUCCUCUUUGGGGUGUUGUUUUGCGUCAAAGAUGAGAUUUUUGUGCAACCCAUUUUCCCGGAUUUGUUGUUCCUCCUCCAUGGAUCAAAAGCUGAAACCCAAACCAAAGAAAGUUGAGUACAUGGAAAGGAAUGUUCCAGUUUUGGAAGACACCCAGAUCAGGAAAACGUCCCCUUCUGGACUCUGUAGUCAGAUAGAAAAGUUGGUUGUGUGUAAUAGGCACCGGGAGGCAAUGGAGUUGUUUGAAAUUUUGGAACUUGAACAUGAUGGUUAUGGUGUGGGUGCUAGCACUUAUGAUGCUUUGGUGAGUGCUUGUGUCGGUUUGAGAUCGAUUAGAGGUGUUAAGAGGGUGUUCAAUUACAUGAUUAAUAGUGGAUUUGAGCCUGAUUUGUAUGUGAUGAACAGGGUUUUGUUCAUGCAUGUGAAAUGUGGUCUCAUGCUUGAUGCGCGCAAGCUGUUUGAUGAAAUGCCGGAGAAAGACGUGGCUUCGUGGAUGACUAUGGUUGGUGGGCUUGUGGACACUGGGAAUUUCUCAGAAGCUUUUAGGUUGUUUUUGUGUAUGUGGAAGGAGUUUAAUGAUGGAAGGUCUCGUACAUUCGCCACCAUGAUUCGGGCAUCGGCUGGAUUGGGUCUUGUUCAGGUGGGAAAGCAAAUUCAUUCGUGUGCUUUGAAAAGAGGGGUCGGCGAUGAUCAUUUUGUGUCUUGUGCACUGAUUGAUAUGUACAGCAAGUGCGGUAGCAUUGAAGAUGCUCAUUGUGUAUUUGAUCAAAUGCCGGAGAAGACAACUGUAGGAUGGAAUUCCAUUAUUGCUAGCUAUGCACUCCAUGGUUAUAGUGAGGAAGCUCUUAGUUUAUACUUUGAAAUGCGCGAUAGUGGCACUACAGUAGAUCAUUUUACAAUUUCAAUAGUGAUACGAAUUUGUGCUAGAUUGGCAUCAUUAGAACAUGCAAAACAAGCUCAUGCUGCUCUGGUUCGUCACGGUUUUGCCACUGAUAUAGUGGCGAACACAGCACUUGUAGACUUCUAUAGCAAAUGGGGUAGAAUGGAAGAUGCCCGGCAUGUUUUCAACAGGAUGCGCCACAAGAAUGUUAUAUCUUGGAAUGCAUUGAUUGCUGGAUAUGGCAACCAUGGUCAGGGACAAGAGGCUGUAGAAAUGUUUGAGCAGAUGCUUCAAGAAGGGGUGACUCCUACCCAUGUCACUUUUCUUGCUGUCUUAUCUGCUUGUAGCUAUUCAGGAUUAUCACAAAGAGGUUGGGAGAUUUUUUACUCUAUGAAGAGAGAUCACAAGGUUAAGCCCAGAGCAAUGCAUUAUGCGUGUAUGAUUGAACUAUUAGGUCGUGAGAGCUUAUUAGAUGAGGCUUAUGCACUAAUAAGAACUGCUCCUUUCAAACCAACAGCAAACAUGUGGGCAGCAUUGCUAACAGCGUGCAGAAUGCACAAGAAUUUAGAGCUGGGGAAGUUAGCAGCCGAAAAACUUUACGGGAUGGAGCCUGAAAAGCUGUGUAAUUAUAUAGUGCUUCUGAAUCUAUACAACAGUUCUGGUAAAUUGAAGGAAGCUGCUGGCAUUUUACAGACCUUGAAGAAGAAAGGUUUGAGAAUGCUUCCAGCAUGUAGCUGGGUUGAAGUCAAGAAACAGCCAUAUGCCUUCCUUUGUGGCGACAAAUCUCACUCCCAAACAAAAGAAAUAUAUCAAAAAGUGGACAACCUGAUGGUUGAGAUAUGUAAGCAUGGUUAUGCUGAGGAGAAUGAAACUUUGCUUCCUGAUGUGGAUGAAGAGGAACAGCGCAUUCUAAAAUACCAUAGUGAAAAGCUGGCCAUAGCUUUUGGACUCAUCAACACUCCACAUUGGACCCCUCUGCAAAUUACUCAGGGCCAUCGUGUGUGUGGUGAUUGCCACAGUGCAAUUAAACUUAUAGCCAUGGUUACAGGACGAGAAAUUGUGGUAAGAGAUGCUAGUAGAUUUCACCAUUUUAGAAACGGUAGUUGUUCUUGUGGUGAUUAUUGGUGAUGACUGAUGACAAAAUUGUUUCUUUCAAGUCACAAACCUAUAAACUGAGUGGCUUGUUGUUAGCUUAGCUCACUUCCUCUCCUUGCCCCCUACCUUAGCUACAGUUUUGAUUAGGAUACAAUUUUGUAAUACAUGCAAUUUAUUUUUGUGAUCCAUUAAUAAAACUCCUAUUUUCUUCUAGCA